AUGAACAACCCCCAAGGACCGCCACAGCAUUACCCCAGCAGCCACGAGUCAACGCAUGAAAUUUACCGAACACCAAAUUUCAGUCGCAACGAGAGUCCACGAUAUCGCCCUCCAGCUUACGGAGCUGGGCGGUCUCCGCCUUUAUAUCACGAGGGUACGAAAGACGACGAGACGGCGAAAGCUAAAGCCAGGAAGACAGCAUAUCUCCGACUUGCCGGCUCUUUCUUGAUCGUGGUCAUCAUUUCUCUCGUCGUAGCCGGUGUUAUCGGCAAGAUAGUCAUAACGAAGAGGAACGACCAAGAGUCCAAUGACCAGAAUAACCCGACAUCAACUGAAACGGUGCCUGCAACCCCUCACGCAGGCCACAUGAUGGCAUUUUCUCCGACGCCUCUAAUCUCAGUCACGCCAACGACGCUCAUCCGCAGUACACCUACCACGAGCUGCAGGAGGAAUGAUGCAACACCAAGAGCAGGUGUUUUGGAAACACAACCUCCUUGCGACAUCGUCUUCUUCAACGACGAUGGUCAUGCUAGAGACGCUCAGCUCAUCGGCGUUUCGACCCGUCGCUUUGAAGGAUGUUUGAUAUCGCAGGCAUCCUACAUGGGGCUUGACGGGACACUGCGAUUCCGCUGCUCGGCAUCUUGUCGACGUACGAGACUUGACGGAGAGCCAGCGAGAGCCGAGGUCGCUGAUGACUGGGGCAGCUGCGGUUAA